AACAUGGAACAUGAGAUCAAAAAUGGUGUUCCUUAACCCUUUUGCUCUCAAGAUCUUAUGAGUAAUCUCUCUUACUGUCUACCAUACUAUUUUUAUGAUGUUCAGAGAACUUGGUGUUGGAUCAAUUAAUAAUCCUCUUAUGUCACUAUAUGGUCAGUCGAUCAUGGCGAGAUGGAAGCUGAUGCUGCUGCCUUUGGUUGUUUCCCUGUAUGCUCUACUGACGACAGUUGAAAGACAUUUAAAAUGCAAUUUGCCUUCAAUUGCUAAUUUGCUGUGUCAAGCUUAUGAAGCAGGGGAAAUCUCUGGACCUUUAUGCCCCGAUCUUUGUGAACAGAAAAAUAUCCAAUUUGGAAAUUGCCUUACAGAGGCGAUGGAAGAUAAAGUUUAUGAAGGCCAAUGGCAUGGAAGAGACGUCAUUUUUAAGGCAAAUCUUCGAUGGUAUACGGACUUCAAUACAUUUCAGAAACAAACAGACGAAGAUGUUGUUCUAAGUUUUCAAGAUAAUGUUUCUUUCUUAGUGGAAACCUUGUUUGGUGAUUGUCCUCAAUGCAACAGGCUUGUGUCGCUGUUUCUAUCCCUUGGUGAUAGCGACAAUGAUGGUAUUGUGACAGCCCCCGAAGUACGGUCGUUGGUGCCAUUAUUGCGCCAGCAAGAACCAUUUAUGUUGAUUGCAUUAAAUAACAGCAAACAGACUGCUGAUUUUCAUGGAUAUUGUGGUGGUCUGUAUGCGACUGAAAAGCUGCCUCUCAUUGUCUCAGAUGUUUUUGGUACAGAGUGGAAUUUCGAUGAUUUGAACAUUGUGCCCGAUACAUUUGAACCCUUUCAAGAAAUGGUGAAAAAACUUAUUGCAAAGAUUUUCGACGCAGCCAGUUCUAUCCCGUAUUUUUCUAAAAUUGUUGUGAAUAUACCAACUAUUACAUUGAAUGGUAUUUUAGAUGCCUUUUUCGACUUACGGAUGCCCAAUCGAAAAAAACAGUUCGAGUAUUUCCACUCACUGCUAGACUCUGUAAUGGAUCUGUCCAGUAACCCUUAUGGCAUGUUACAGUCUUGUGACAUGCACCUCGGGAAUUUUGGAAUCGCCAAUAAUUCAGUGGUAAAAGUGAUUGAUUUUGACGCGGUCUUUCCUGUUCAUUAUCUUAGACAUGUCUUGGAGCAAAAGGAAUGUGUUUCUGAUGCUGAUUGCUGGUUUGGCACCAAAGAUGAUUGCCAGUCGUCGUGUGACACUGCUACCAAGAAAUGUACGUCGAGAAUGCAGAAACAAGAUUUGAUCCAUAUCUGUGAGACUCACAUUCCCUUUGUUCUUAAAAGGCCCUGUAACCAGGAGUUUUCGAAAAACAACUCCACAUGCUCUAAGAAAGUUAUAAGAAAAUUCGAGUUGUUUUGCAAAAGGUUGAGAGUGGUUGACUCACUUGAUCAGCUAAGAAACGAUGUUCUAGCGGUGAAAAAGGAACUCACCCAUUUGGAGAAGGAUUUAUCCAAUAUGUGCUGAAGCAAAGGACCCUUCAGUAACACUAAAACUGUUUAGCACUCAUCUGCACCAGCAGUACGUCUUUUUAUACUGUUUCGCCAGAGGACAACUCUGAUAUCUCGAACAGUGAAAAAAAAACCACGGUUUGAUACCGUGAUAAAUCAGAUAAAUCCAAUCUGUUUAACCUGUUUCAGGUUUUUUUUACGACAAUUAACGAUAGCAUCAAUCGCGAAAUAUUCCUUUUGCAGUGAUCUCUUGUUUCGACUCUAUGCAUAAGUAUUUUCCAUUUUGCUUUGUCUCUCUCUGAUUUUUGCAUUGUCUCUCUCUUAUACUCUUUUAUAUCUGAAAACGCAUCUCUUUUAGUGCGUUUUGUCUAUCGUCCACGAUUCAGGCUAGAAAACGCUGACUCGCGCGACGGAAUUCCCAGAAAAGGGAGGGACUUCUUGUAGCCUAGUUUCGAAACGAGAAGGCAGUCGAGUUUCUCUGUGAACAUGACAGUUCGCGUGUUACCGUGAUGGAAACGCGUUAUUUGCCUACGAUGCAUCUAUUAUGUUAAGUUUACUCUUAUACCAAAAAGAUCAUAUCAUCAUCAACUGAUUUUAAUAACGUGAUGA